AUGUUGAAAUACCCAUGCAGUGAAUGCCACAAAGCAGUUAGAAACAACCAAAACGCCAUCUUGUGUGCCACAUGCGGAAACUGGUCACACGCUAAAUGCCUCAAUAUGUCUCGGACUAUUUUCCAGUACUACUUAGACCAGCCUGAUAUUGAUUGGACCUGUCCAGCUUGUGCUCUACCGCCACUAACGGACUCCUUCUUUGAAGAAGUUUCUGAAGGUGAUACACUAAUUCCAGCCGAGGAGUAUCAAGCGGAAACAACUCAAAAUACGGCCUUCGAGCAGUUUCUUUACAGAGAUGUCACAGAAAUUACUUCUGAAAACGAUCAGCUAGAACUCUUUAGGAAACAUCACAAUAAGGAUUUCUUAAUUGCCCACUUGAACAUUAACAGCAUCCAAAAUAAAUUUGAAGAACUGACCGAAGUAAUCAAGAAAAUCAACGCCCACAUAAUGUUCGUAAGUGAGACCAAGAUCGACGCGAGCUAUCCCAACGCUCAGUUCAAAGUUCCGAACUACUCCCUCUACCGAAAUGAUAGGAAAAAGGGCGGCGGUGGAAUUAUGGCUUUAAUAUCUCAAUCGCUAGUCAGGACACAGCUUAAACCUGAUAAAUCCUUUAAGACACUGGAAAUAAUUGCCUUCGAAAUCAAAACAGAUAUGGACAAUAUGGUAAUUGUUGGUAUUUAUCGUCCCCGAGAGCUCUGUGUGGCGAAUAUCAAACACUGUUGGAAAGCGAACUCAGUUAUGUCUGUAACUGGGCAAGCUUGA